AUGCGAUUGAUAAGGUAUGUAGCUGUUAAGGUUGCAUCAACUAAUAACUUUUAUGCACUCCCAUCCCAAUUAGAAGAGAACGGGUAUAAGCUACACUGUUCUGUUGUGGUGUAUCGAUGCAGGAGAUUUGAUGGACAAUCCCAUUAUGAGCAAAAAAGGAGAUCCCCGUUUCGGUUUGAGAACAUGUGGCUGAGAGCGGAGGAUUUCCAAGGGAAAGUUCGGUCUUGGUGGGAGGGAGUUUCAGUUACAGGUUCGCCUAGCUUCAUGUUAACAAAGAAGUUAAGAUCUCUCAAAUUCGAUCUUAAGAAGUGGAAUAAGGAUAUUUUUGGGAAUCUUGAAUGGAGGAAGAAUAGAGCCCUUGUCGAAUUCUCUGAGAUUGAUCGUCUUGAAGAGGCGGGUGGGGAUGUGGAGGAACUUCGUUCUAAGAAAGCCUCCCGUCAGGCAGCUUUUGCUGAGAUUGCUAGUAUGGAGGAGAUUUUGUGGAGACAAAAAUCCCGGGCUCUUUGGCUAAAAGAGGGAGAUCGUAACACAAAUUUUUUUCACAGGCUCGCUAAUGCUCACAGAAGGAGUAAUCAUAUAGGACGUAUUCGGGUGGAAGGUGUGGAGCUGUGGAGGGAGGAAGAAUUGCACAAUGUGAUCGUUUCCUUUUAUCAGAAGCUUUACUUAAAACCGUUAGCAUGGAGACCUAAACUUGAUGGUCUCCACUUUAAGGCUAUAUCUGAAUUGGAUAGAGAUGGGCUUGAGAUUCCUUUUACUGAGGAUGAAGUUCUAUAG